AUGAACGAGCCCACGAAAACCCGCCUGGUAGAACGGGUGGCGGAGGAUAUUGAACGACCGGAGCUGGAUAAUCGAUCAUAUAGGGUCAUCAAGCUUCCAAAUGGGCUCGAGGCGCUUCUGAUACAUGAUCCAGAGACGGACAAGGCCAGCGCAUCGCUCGAUGUCAAUAUUGGCAGCUUUAGCGACGCGGCGGAUAUGCCUGGAUUGGCACACGCCGUUGAGCACGUGCUGUUCAUGGGAACCAAGAAGUAUCCGCGUGAGAACGACUAUCAUGAAUAUCUGAAUUCCAAUUCCGGAAGUUCGAAUGCAUAUACUGCAUCCACCUCGACCAAUUUCUUCUUCGAGGUAGCAGCGUCUUCGUCUCAUGCGGACUCGGCACCUGGCUCGGCGUCAACGAGCCAGACUAAUCUUGCAACCGGUGGCGUUGAGUCCCCUCUGCAUGGUGCGCUCGACCGGUUUGCACAGUUCUUCAUCGAACCUCUGUUCCUGGAGGAGACCUUGGACAGGGAGCUGCGGGCUGUUGAUUCGGAAAACAAGAAGAAUCUCCAGAGUGACAACUGGAGGCUCCAUCAGAUCAACAAGUCUCUAUCAAACCCCAAACAUCCUUACAAUCAUUUCUCUACCGGCAAUUAUAAGACUCUCCAUGAUGAUCCGAUUGCACGGGGCGUCCGGAUCAGGGAUGAGUUCAUGAAAUUCUACCACACUCACUACUCUGCCAACCGGAUGAAGUUGGCGCUUCUUGGACUAGAGAGUCUUGAUACCUUGGAGCAAUGGGUAACGGAAAUGUUUUCGGCAGUAGAGAACAAGAUGCUCCCUCGAUUGCGAUGGGACAUCUCCCCACUCACUGAGAAUGAACUAUGCGUCCAGGUCUUUGCUAAACCGGUCUUUGAUAUGCGUUCACUGGAACUGUCCUUCCCGUACCCAGACGAGGAGCACUUGUACGAAUCGCAUCCUAGCCGAUACUUGUCACACUUGAUCGGACAUGAAGGUCCUGGAAGCAUACUUGCAUACCUCAAAAACAAAGGCUGGGCCAGUGGAUUGGGAGCCGGCAUGAAUGAGAUUUGCCCCGGAUCAGCCCUCUUCAACAUCUCGGUCAGUCUGACUGAGCAAGGCCUGGAGAACUACCAAGAGGUGAUUCUCGUCAUCUUCCAGUACAUCUCUAUCUUGACCGAAACUGCACCCCAAAAGUGGGUAGUCGAUGAACUCAAGGGAAUUGCAGAAGUGGACUUCCGGUUCAAGCAGAAGAGUCGAGCCAUGAAGACCACAAGCCAGCUUAGUUCAAAGAUGCAAAAGCCAUUCAAACCACACCACAUCCUCAGCGGAUCGUCGAUUAUCAGGCAUUUCAACCCGGAGGCCAUUCAGAAUGGGCUGCGCCACUUGCGGCCGGACAACUUCCGGAUGCUCCUUGUUAGCCAGAAAUACCCGGGUGUCUGGAACCAGAAAGAGAAGUGGUAUGGCACUGAAUAUACAGCUGAGAAGAUUCCGCUGGAAUUCCUCGAGCGAAUACACAAAGCCUCAAAGGCAUCGUCCUGUCAUCGAGCGCCGGAGUUACAUCUUCCUAUGCCUAAUGAAUUCGUCCCGACUAGACUUGAUGUGGAAAAGAAGGAGGUCGCAGAACCCUCAAAGUUCCCCAGUCUUCUUCGAAAUGAGGAGAAUAUGCGCUUAUGGCACAAGAAGGACGACAGGUUCUGGGUGCCCAAAGCCUUCUUCCAUGUGCUCUUACGAACACCCUUGGCCUUUAUCUCGGCCCGCAACGCUGUCAUCCAGCAGUUGUACAUCGAACUGGUGAGAGACGAGCUGGUUGAAUACGUUUAUGCGGCAGAGAUUGCAGGCCUGGACUGCGGCGAAGCAAUAAGCACCCUGGGGGUGAAGAUCCUCGUCCACGGCUACAACGACAAGAUGCCUGUGCUAUUGGAGAAGGUGCUGACGGCGAUGCGGGACCUCGACAUACGACAAGACCGAUUCGACAUUCUCAAAGAGCGGUUGACCAGGGGAUACCGCAACCUGGAACUGCAGCAGCCGUAUCAACAGAUCGGAGGACUGUUCAGGUCGCUGAUUGUCGAACGCUUCUGGUCCAAUGACCAGCUCCUCGCCGAGAUGGACGCAGUAACCAUCGACGACGUACGACAAAUGCACCCCCUACUUCUAGGCCAAUUCCAUACCGAGAUUCUCGCCCACGGCAACCUCUACAAGGAAGACGCUCUGAAGAUGGCAAGCCUAAUCGAGACCAUUCUCCGGCCACAGCGACUCCCGAGAUCUCAGUGGCCUCUGCGACGCUCGCUUGUCUUCCCCCCUGGAAGCAAUUUCCGGCAUGAGAAAACGCUCAGGGACCCGGCAAAUGUAAACAAUUGCAUCGAGCUCCAUGUCUACGCGGGCAACCAAUAUGACCGCGUGAUGCGAGCCAAAGUCGGCUUGUUUGCGCAAAUCGCCGAUGAGCCAUCGUUCGACCAACUCCGAACCAAAGAGCAACUGGGAUACAUCGUAUGGAGCACUAUGAUUGCAAUCGAUGGACUUCUCGGAUUCCGGGUGUUGAUCCAAAGCGAGCGCUCGCCAGAGUACCUAGAGAAGCGGAUCGAGGUCUUCUUGCAGUCUCUUGGCAAGCGGUUGGAGGAAAUGACGGACAUCCAAUUCGAGAAACAUAAGAGGGCCAUUAUCAACCGGCGCUUGGAACGGCUGAAGAAUCUCUCUUCUGAGACAGACCGGUUCACGACGCAUAUCCUGAGCGAACGGUUUGAUUUCCUAGAACAUGAAAUCGGCGCCACCUACAUCACCAACCUUACCAAAUCCGACAUCAUCGCCUUCUACAACGAGUAUAUUAGCCCGGCGUCGCCCACCCGCGCCAAACUCACCGUCCACCUUCGCGCCCAGAACAUCUCCAGCCCCGCCGACAAGACCACCGCGCUCCUCGCGCUUCUCGCGCAGUUAUUCCAAGCCGCCAACGUCCCCUCUGACGCAUCCAAGCUCGCCGAACGGUUCCAAGACAUCGACGUUGCCAGCGGCGACCACGCUACUAUCUUGGGCGCCGUGCGCGCGUAUCUCGUCAAGGAUGCAGGGAUGGACGAGACUGCCGCGGCGGGCAUUCUUGAGCAAGGAAAGGACGUGCUUGGGAAGGUGCUCGUGGACGUCGGCGCAGCUGGCGAGAAAGCCCAGGCACCCGAGGCGGACGAGGAGGCGCUGGUACUUGCGAACGGGGAGCCGACGUUGAUCGAAGACAUUCGACUGUUCAAGGCUGGAUUGCCGAUGAGCGCGGCGGCAGUGCCGGUUCAAGAUUUGAGUUUCUUUGAGGAGCUGGAACCGAAGUUGUGA